AUUCAUUGGCUGAUCUGUCAGUCGGGGUUGGAUCUGAUGGAGGAGCUGAAGUCUUUCUCCUGCACUGAAAUAAACAUUAAAUAAAGCGACUUUUUGCAGGAUUAUAAUAGGAUCGGAUCAUUGAUUCAACAGAUGACUGCGAUAAGACUGAAAAGAGUGUUGUGAUGAAGACGAGACGGCGUAAACUCCGCCCAUCAUCCUCCGUCUAAAAUCUGAUCCUGUCGAGGAAAACGUCGCGUGUUAAAUCUUCUGAGGAGCAAACGCCAGCCAUGCCACCUCAGACGUCAGACAUUGUGAAGGUGGCCAUUGAAUGGCCGGGCGCGAAUGCUCAACUCAUUGAAAUUGACCAGAAAAAGCCGUUGUCAUCCAUCAUUAGAGAAGUGUGCGAUGGUUGGUCUCUGUCGGGCUCAGAGCAGUUUGCCCUGCGUUACGCUGAUGGUCAACAGCUUUAUAUUACUGAACAGAGCCGUGGUGAUAUAAAAAAUGGGACCAUACUUCGAUUAGCCAUCUCACCUAUGCGCGCCGCUCGACAGCUGCUGGAGAGAAUCCAGUCUCAUGGGAUCGAUGCCCGUCUGGAGGCUUUGAAGGAGCUCGCUAAACUCUCAGCUGACCCAACGUUUGCUGCUGAAUUCAUUAACAUGGAAGGCUUGGGAACGCUGGCACGUCUGGUUGAGAGUGGCACACAUUUUGGAGAGAUGUUGGCGUUCACUCUCACAGCAUUUCUAGAGCUGAUGGAUCAUGGCAUUGUUUCCUGGGACCUCAUAUCUGUUUCCUUCAUUAAACAGAUUACGGGUUAUGUGAACCAGCCCAUGGUGGAUGUGUCCAUUCUGCAGCGCUCGCUGGCCAUCCUGGAGAGCAUGGUGUUAAACAGUCAUAGUCUGUACCAGCGUGUGGCUCAGGAGAUCACUGUGGGACAGCUCAUCUCUCACCUGCAAGUGUCUAACCAAGAGAUUCAAACAUAUGCCAUCGCUCUGAUCAAUGCCCUGUUCCUCAAGACACCAGAGGACAGACGACAGGAAAUGGCAAGUACACUGGCACAGAAACACCUGCGUGCCAUCAUACUCAAUCACAUCAUCCGCGGGAAUCGACCAGUAAAAGCUGAGAUGGCACAUCAACUCUACGUGCUGCAGGUUUUAACCUUUAAUCUUCUGGAGGAGCGCAUGAUGACCAAAAUGGAUCCUAAUGACCAGGCACAGAGAGAUUUCAUCUUUGAACUACGGAGAAUUGCAUUUGAUGGAGACACUGAUCCCAGCGGGACAGAAAAGAGGAAAGCCAUCUAUACAAAAGACUACAAGAUGCUGGGCUUCACUAAUCCUGUGAAUCCUGCCAUGGAUUUUACUCAGACUCCUCCAGGAAUGCUGGCCUUGGACAACAUGCUGUACCUUGCCAAAAUACAUCAGGACAUAUAUAUCAGAAUCGUUCUAGAAAACAGCAGUCGUGAAGACAAACACGAAUGCCCAUUUGGUCGCUGUGCCAUUGAGUUGACGCGGAUGCUUUGCGAUAUUCUACAGGUCGGAGAACUGCCAAAUGAAGGAUGUAACGACUACCAUCCGAUGUUUUUUACUCAUGAGCGUGCUUGGGAAGAAUUCUUCUGCAUCUGCAUGCAGCUGCUCAACAAGACAUGGAAAGAGAUGAGAGCCACUGCUGAGGAUUUUAACAAGGUGAUGACAGUUGUAAGAGAGCAGAUCACCAGAUCUUUGGCAAUGAAGCCGUUGUCAUUGGAGCAGCUACGAGUCAAACUGCGCAGCCUAAACUAUGCUGAGAUCCUUCGUUUGCGUCAGUCGGAGAGAAUGAGCCAGGAUGAUUUCCAGUCUCCACCCAUAAUUGAGCUUCGAGAGAGAAUCCAACCCGAGAUUUUGGAACUCAUCAAACAGCAGCGACUGAAUCGCUUGUGUGAGGGCAGCUGCUUCCGUAAGCUCGGCAACAGACGGAGACAAGAGAAGUUUUGGUUCUGCCGUCUGUCAUUAAAUCACAAGGUCCUACACUACGGAGAUCUGGAUGAGUCUCCACAGGGUGAAGUUCCUUUCGAAAUGCUUAUGGAUAAAAUCGCUGUGUCUGACAUUAAAGCAGUACUGACAGGGAAAGAUUGUCCUCACAUGAAGGAGAAAAGUGCACUCAAACAGAAUAAGGAAGUGUUGGAGUUGGCGUUCUCCAUUCUCUAUGAUCCAGAUGAAGCUCUCAACUUUGUGGCACCCAACAAAUAUGAGUAUUGUAUCUGGACGGAUGGACUCUCUGCACUUUUGGGGAAGGAGUUGGGGAGCGACCUCACACGAAGUGACCUUGACACAUUAAUGAGCAUGGAAAUGAAGCUCCGCCUCCUCGAUUUGGAAAACAUUACCAUCCCCGAGGCUCCGCCCCCAGUGCCGAAGGAACCCAGCACCUAUAAUUUCACCUAUAACUACGGAUGAGAAGUUUGUCCAUUACCUCUCGUGUUUCCUCUCGCUUGUGAUUUUUCUUCUUUACAGGUGAUGUGUGUAAUUUUUGGGCCGUUACCGUCUCACAGUUUACCAGACAGCCAUUGGUAGGUCGACUUUUGCCACAGUGUUAUGCUCGUUGUUUGAAUGGCUUGGUAUGUCAACUUUCAGCUUAGCCAGUUGAGUCAAUUUGGGUCAGGAUUAAUCUGACCCGUGGCAGAUGGAUGAGAAGAAGGGACAGAAUUGAUCAAAUCACUUUGGGGCUGUGUCAAAAAUUACACACUACAUCUUUAAGCUAAUAUGUGUGCAUUUGCAUUAACAACAUUGAUUUAAAGAGUCAUUUUCGAUCUUUUGUAUGCCCAGUACUUUCUAAAAAAAAGACUUGCAGUUGUUCAAUUCCCUGUCACGUUUAAAAAAUGAUAAACAUCAUUCUGUGUAAAAGACAACUGCAUUUUCACUGUUAGGCUCAAACUUUAACAAAGUUUCUAUGCCUCACUACAGAUAACUAAUAUAUACUGACAUUUGCUACUGUCAAUACAGUCUAUUUUUGUAUAUCAUGUGAAAGACGCUAUACAGUACAUUAAGAACAUGUAAAGGAUGAAAACAAUGUGUUGCUGAAUUCUGACCCAUUAUUAUUAAUAAAGAAACAAAUCAGUUAUGCAGCGUCUCUGAGGCGGUCAGAUAUCAACAUUCAGUAUAAAGUGCACACACCCACUAAGAUUUCAUUUAUAUCAACCAAACAUUUCUGAUGCCUCAUUACAAUACAUGACUGCUUAAAAUAAUACAGAAGAUAACAUUGUGCCAUUCAAAGGAUUUACAUACUAUGGGUCAGUUUCCCGGACAGGAUUUAGAUUAAUCCAGGACUAAGCCUUAGUUAUACUUAUAUUAGGAUAUUAAAGUAGUUUUUACAUACUUAAAACAAUACUGGUGUGCAUCUUGACACAAAACAGUGAUAUUUGUUAAGAUACGUCAGUGCAAGAUGAAAGCUCAAACAUGCAUCUUAGUCUGGGACUAGAAUAAACCCUGUCCGGGAAACCACCCCUUUAUGUGUUAUUCUGCCGGUGUUAGUUUUUAUAUUGCUUUGCAUUAAUAUAAAUAAAGAGAAGAGGUAUAACUUAUAGAUGGAUUACUGACAGAAGUGUAAUUAUUUGUCUCAUUAUAACCUUGUUACAGUUGAUGAUCUUUGUAGAUGUUGUUAGUGGGCAAGUAUCAGUAACUGGGAUUGAAUGAUUGUAUACAUACCUAUGCAGUGCCUUAAGAAAGUAUACAUUCUUUAUUUCUCAAUGUGAUUGAUUUUUGUUUUCAUUUUAGAUUCUUGAAUUUGUGAAUUUCUUUUGAUUGAAUGAUGGACAAGCGGUCAUUGUGUUGAAAUGCUUUCUAAAGGCACUAUAUUAACUCUAUUGUGUUGCAUCAUAACAGUAAUUGUAAUGAAUUUGUGUGCAAUAUUAAAUUGUUUUAAAACCAUGAA